AGAAACUAGAGGCUAUGCUAUUCUGUAGUCUAUCUUUUAGGCUUCUGAAAAAGCUAUAAAUAUGCUUCACCCCUUCCUUCAUUUAUCUGCCAAAAGGCUGCUUGCCUUUUACUCAUGCUACCAAUAAAUUGAAGCAGGCUUACUCUUCUCUACAACAAGUAGCAGCUCAUAAUGAUGUUUAGAGAAAUUAUUUUUCUUCUGAGUUUGGGACUAACGGUUCUUGCCCUGUGUUUGUUUGUAAAUCAUUUUCUUCCAUUGUUAUUGAAUCUUGAAGUUCUUCCAAGAGGGAGUUUUGGCUGGCCUUUGGUUGGUGAAACCUUAAGAUUUCUCUCCCCGCAUGCUUCAAGAACUCUCGGUGACUUCUUGGAAGAGCAUAUUUCAAAGUAUGGAAAAGUAUUCAAAUCACAUCUUUUCUUCUCACCAACCAUUGUGUCAUGUGACCUGGAGCUGAACCACUUUAUACUUCAGAAUGAAGAGAAGCUCUUCCAGUGCUGUUAUCCAAAGCCUAUUCAUGGCAUAUUAGGAAAGUCCUCCAUGAUUGUUGUGGUAGGAGAGACCCAUAGGAGGCUUAGAAACCAGGCUCUUGCACUUGCCAACAUCACCAGGUCAAGGACUAGCUACGUCACUGACAUAGAGAGAAUUGCACUUCAGCUCAUGGAUUCGUGGAAACACAAAGAGAGGAUCGUUUUCUGUGAAGAAGUCAGAAAGUUCGCUUUCAGCGUUAUAGUAAAGCAGGUGCUAGGACUUUCAAUGCAAGAGGCAGAGUCAGCAAAAAUCCUUGAAGAUUUCUUAACUUUCAUGAAAGGCCUCAUCUCCUUUCCUCUAUACAUCCCAGGAACCUCAUAUGCAAGAGCAGUUCAAGCUAGAGCAAGGAUUUCCUUAACAGUCCAAGCAAUCAUUAAAGAAAGAAGAAAAAAUGGAUUUGAUUCCAACAAGAUUGGGGACUUUCUUGAUGUGCUCCUCUCCACUAAUAGCUUAUCCGAUGAGGAGAAGGUAAGCUUUGUUCUUGAUUCCUUGCUUGGUGGCUAUGAGACCACUUCUCUCUUGAUAGCAAUGGCUGUCUAUUUCCUUGGUCAAUGUCCACCUGCUUUAAAUCAAGUAAAGUUAGAGCAUCAAUAUAUCCGUGCUAAUCUACAAGAAGCUGGCCAAGAUAUGAGCUUAGAAGAAUUUAAGAAGAUGGAGUUUACUCAAUGUGUAAUCCAUGAGGCACUUAGAUGCGGAAACAUAGUCAAGUUUGUUCAUAGGAAGGCUUUAAGUAAUGUCAGAUUUAAAGAGUACGUCAUCCCUUCAGGUUGGCAGGUCCUACCAAUUUUUAGUGCAGUACAUUUGGAUCCAUCUUCUCAUGCUGAUGCCCAAAUGUUUAAUCCAUGGAGAUGGGAGGGCCAAACACAGAUAAUAAGCAAGAGUUUUACUCCAUUUGGUGGCGGAGCAAGACUUUGCCCUGGAUUUGAGCUUGCCAAAGUGGAGGCUGCUAUUUUUCUCCACCAUUUUGUUCUAAACUACAGAUGGAGAGCAGAUGGUGAAGACAUUCCAAUGGCAUAUCCAUACGUGGAGUUCCCAAGAGGCAUGCCAAUUUUAAUUAACCCAAUUUGAAAAUACCUAUUGAUUAAUUUGUAAUUUUCUUGUAAUGGUUAGAAGACAUCUGAUUAAAUUACAAGUAAUUUAAUGUUUCUUUUAAUGCU